AUGCAAUCUCUUGAGGAUCUUAAAGCAGGGAAAUACAAAGGCACAAAACGCCUGAAGUUAUCAUGUGGCUUCACGGAGUUUCCCCGGGAGAUAUUGGACCUCUAUGAUACACUGGAGAUCCUUGAUCUAUCCAACAACCCUCUCUCCGGACUUCCCAAAGAUAUCCACCGACUCCAUAAACUCAAGGUUGCUUUCUUUUCCGACUGUCAAUUCACCACCUUCCCCAAAGAAUUGGCUCAAUGUCGUUCUCUGGAAAUGAUUGCUUUCAAGAACAAUGGCAUGACCACAGUCCCUGAAGGAGCCUUUCCCCGCAAGUUACGGUGGUUGAUCCUUACCAAUAACAAGAUUGAAUCACUACCCAAGAGUGUUGGACAAUGUCAUAGACUCCAAAAAUGCAUGCUCGCAGGGAAUCGACUAACCACUCUCCCUGAUGAGAUGUCUCACUGCAGGAAGCUGGGCUUACUGAGACUGUCGGCUAACAACAUCGCUCAAUUACCUACUUGGUUGCUUAGUCUUCCCGAAUUAUCAUUUCUUUCGUUCUCUGGAAACCCCUGCACCCCAUCAAAUGGAGAUAAUCCGAUACUGGAUGAUAUUGCUUGGUCAGACUUGGAAGUUCAUCAGCUUCUGGGAGAAGGAGCUUCGGGUAUAAUUUCAAAGGGCGUGUGGAAAUCACCAACUUCCCAAAAAGAUGUGGCUAUCAAAUUAUUCAAAGGAGAAGUGACUAGUGAUGGUGUACCGGCAGACGAAAUGAAUGCAUGUAUUGCCGCAGGUCGUCAUCCAAAUCUCAUUGAUCCAAUCGGCAAAAUUCAUGGUCAUCCAGAAAAGAGAGGAUUGGUACUAGAACUCAUUCCUCCUCAUUAUACCAAUCUGGGUCUUCCGCCGACUCUUGACAGCUGCACCCGCGAUGCAUUUCAUCCGGAGACUGUCUUCUCAAUUGAGAAGUGUCGCGCGAUUUUAAUCUCUAUUGCAUCUGCGAGCAUGCACCUCCAUGAGAGAGGUAUCACUCAUGGAGAUUUAUACGCGCAUAAUAUCCUAAUCGAUAAGUCAGGCCAUGCCCUUAUUGGGGAUUUUGGCGCAGCAACAAUUUACAAGAAAGAUUAUGAACAUUCAGAAGCAAUUGAGAAAAUGGAAGUUUUUGCAUUUGGCCAUUUGAUUGAAGAUAUGUUGGGCUUGGUCGCGCGAAAUGUGGUUGCUGGGGAGGAUCUCGGUGUUUGGGAUGAAAAAGAAGGGUAUGCGAUUGAGGAGUUGAACCAAUUGCAUUACAAGUGUACCAAUCCUGUUGUUAUGGAUAGACCAUUGUUCUCAGAAAUUUAUUUGGAGUUAUGCGCCUGA